AAAGCCCUCGGCACCUCUCCAUGCUCCACCGCAUCCCUCCGUGGCCGCGCUGACGCUUGCCGGUGUGCCGUCCGCCGAGCCAGGGUGGUGGGGAGCAGCAGCCGAAGCAUGGCGUAACUCCUCCCAGCGCUGGAAGGCAAUCAUGUGAUUUUUAUGAUUGCUCUCAAGAGCUGUGUUUGCUCUGCUCCCAGCCACCAUUGCUUCCCCCUGAGCGUCCUUCCCUGGCAGGGCUGCAGCUCCUGCCGGCGGUGCUGCGGGCCAGGUUUUGGGGAGCAAUGACAGAAGUGAAGAGAGAGGUGUUCGGGCAGAUGCCCCAGGAGGAAGGAGGAGGAAUGGUGGAAAAGUUCAUCUUAAAGUCGGACAGUGUGAAAGUGGAAAUCCUGUCCUUAGGGUGCAUAAUUGCUGCUCUGGAGAUGAAAGGAAGGGAUGGGGAGUGUUCAGAUGUUGUCCUAGGCUUUGACACUUUGGAAGGUUACACAAGGAAGCACCCCUUCUUCGGCGCCGUCGUGGGGCGUGUUGCCAACAGGAUUGCAAAGGGGAGGUUCGCCGUGGACGGGAAGGAGUAUCAGCUGUUCCUCAACAAUGGGCCCAACAGCCUGCACGGAGGAGCCAGGGGAUUUGACAAGGUUCUCUGGAGCCCCCAGGUCCUCCCAAACGGCGUCUGCUUCUUCCGGCUUAGCCCUGAUGGUGAGGAAGGCUACCCCGGUGACCUGAAAGUCUGGGUGACCUACACACUCAGCGGCAGGGAGCUGGCCAUCAACUAUCGAGCCCAGACCAGCAAGACGACACCCAUCAACCUGACAAACCAUGCAUACUUCAACCUCGCAGGGCAGGGCUCACAGGAUAUCUACGACCACGAGAUUUCUAUUGAAGCGGAUUCCUACCUGCCUGUGGACAACACCAAGAUCCCUACUGAUAGGAUCAGAAGCCACAGAAGUGUGCUGUUUAUCAGGUGGAGACUGAUGUUUCUCAAGAUUUGCAGAGCAGAACCAGUGCAGAGCUGCAGCCGAGCUGGGCGGGAGGUGGCCGCUGUGCAGGGCACCGGCUUCGAUCUCCGGCAGCCUGUGAAGCUGGGGAAGCACUUGCAGAAGUUUCACCUGGAUGGCUUUGACCACAACUUCUGCCUGCCGCAGGUGCAGGCUCGACGCCUUGCGGCCAGGGCUCGCCACCCACCCACCGGCAGGGCCAUGGAGGUUCACACCACCCAGCCUGGCAUCCAGUUUUACACCGGGAACAACCUGGACGGCUCCCUGAAGGGCAAAGGCGCCAUCGCAUACCCCAAGCACUCAGCUUUCUGCCUGGAAACCCAGAACUGGCCCGACGCCAUCAACAAGCCCCACUUCCCCAACGCCCUACUCCGGCCGGGCGAGGAGUACAACCACAGCACGUGGCUCGUGUUCAACACCGCUUAAGGCGAGGGGAUGCUGACUCCUACCACCGAGAGGGGACUCGCACUUCUUUGAGGGCUUCCUGAUGGUGAACGACUGAAAGGAAAAGAAUCCACAGUUAAUAUUUCAGUAGUCAUUUAGGAUUCACAAAUACAGGAAAAAGCAACAGGAGGAUACCUAGACUACUUCAGCAGCCUUUAAGCAUUGUUUUCUAAUAAAACAAAAAAUCACUAUUAACGAA